GCUGUACUUUUGAGUUCCGGUAUUGUUCACCAAAGAGGAAGAUGUCCGUCGCGUUUCCUUUGUUGUGAUGAAUUCCAUAUUAUAAAAUAAGAAGUCAAAAUUGAGUAUUUUUUAUCUAAUUAGAGGAGGUUUAGUUAUAUUUGUAAUAAAUAAAUCAACAUCUACCGUUGUCUAUAAUGAGUGGAGGAGUGUAUGGUGGGGAUGAGGUGGGUGCACUGGUGUUUGAUAUCGGUUCCUACUCUGUGAGGGCUGGCUAUGCUGGUGAGGACUGUCCCAAGGCUGACUUCCCCACCGUAAUUGGUGUGACUUUGGACAGGGAAGAUGGCACUACGCCAAUGGAAACGGACGGAGAUAAAAGCAAGCAAAGUGGAACAACGUAUUACAUUGACACCAAUCAGCUCAGGGUGCCGCGAGAAAACAUGGAGGUCAUGUCACCUCUUAAAAAUGGCAUGAUUGAAGAAUGGGACAGCUUUCAGGCCAUUCUGGACCACACCUACAGAAUGCACUUCAAAUCCGAGCCUAGCUUGCAUCCUGUGCUGAUGUCAGAAGCCUCUUGGAACACACGAGCCAAGAGGGAGAAGCUGACGGAACUUAUGUUUGAACAUUACAACAUCCCUGCUUUCUUCUUGUGUAAAACAGCUGUCCUGUCGGCAUUCGCAAAUGGACGAUCCACUGGUUUGGUGUUAGACAGUGGUGCGACGCACACAACUGCUAUUCCAGUGCAUGAUGGUUAUGUCCUGCAACAAGGUAUUGUCAAAUCCCCACUCGCAGGUGACUUCAUGAGCAUGCAGUGUAGAGAGCUUUUUCAGGAAUUAAGUGUCGAAAUCAUCCCCCCAUACAUGAUUGCAUCAAAGGAUUCAGUGCGUGAAGGUUCACCAGCCAGCUGGAAGAAGAAAGAGAAACUACCUCAAGUUACUCGCUCAUGGCAUAACUACAUGUGUAACACUGUUAUUCAAGAUUUCCAGGCCUCAGUCUUGCAGGUUUCAGAUUCACCUUAUGAUGAACAGGUGGCUGCGCAGAUGCCGACUGUUCACUAUGAGCUCCCCAAUGGCUACAACUGUGACUUUGGAGCUGAACGACUGAAGAUUCCUGAGGGGCUUUUUGACCCUUCUAAUGCAAAGGGUCUGUCUGGAAACACCAUGCUGGGAGUAGGCCAUGUUGUGACCACCAGUGUGGGCAUGUGUGACGUUGAUAUCCGACCAGGUCUGUACGGCAGCGUGAUAGUUACUGGAGGAAAUACUCUCAUCCAAGGAUUUACAGACAGACUAAACAGAGAGCUGUCUCAGAAGACACCACCGAGUAUGCGCUUGAAGUUAAUAGCCAACAAUACCACCCUGGAGCGCAGGUUCAGCGCCUGGAUCGGAGGAUCUAUCCUGGCAUCGCUGGGAACUUUCCAACAAAUGUGGAUUUCCAAGCAGGAGUAUGAGGAAGGAGGGAAGCAGUGUGUAGAGAGGAAGUGCCCUUGACCAACUACAGCAGUUUUUUUCUUUAAAUAAAAAAAUAUCUUCUGGUAGAAAAGGCCGCCUUAGUGGACUCAGGAAAAUAAAGGACACUUGUGCUGAAAUGAUACAGUAAUUAGCUCUGCUUUCUUAUAUAUUUUUUUUUUAUAACUGUAAUUGUCAUAGUUGUGUUCUUUUCUAUACUCAAGUGUUUGUGUGUCACAUCAAUUCAGAGAAAAGAUUCAAUUCUUAUUUGGCACAUUUACAAGUAAAAUAUGAUCCUCCAUCCUUCAAGUUAGCUGCAGAGAAAAUGAAAGUAACCAAUAUAUAUACAGGAAACUUCGUGUUUUUAAUCAGUGAUUGGCUGUUUUGAAAAUAAAGAUUUUUGUGACA